UACACCCUUCACUCACUCUCUAAUCCUCAAAGAAACCACUGUUUCAAAACUCCAAGAAAACCUGAACACCAAACUCAAACUGAACUAAUUUGGUUUCUCCUCAUGGCUCUGCUUCGCCUUCCCCACCAAUCUUCUCUCUUCUCUCUCCAACAUAAACCUCAAACUCAGUGUAAUAACUUUAACUACAUCCAAAACAUUUCUUCAAUUUGUUUUCUCCCUCCAUUGUCUCCUCUCACUAAUACUCUUCGCUUGAAAGCUACACGAUUUAGCAGUUUCAUCCUCCAUUUUUCUACCGCUACUCAAGACCCAGCUCUAAAUGUAAAAGAACAACAACAACAAGAGGAGUUCUCGAAAACUAGAUUGAUUGCCCAGAACGUGCCUUGGAAUUGUACCACUGAAGACAUUCGUUCUUUGUUCGAGAAACACGGCACAGUCGUAGAUGUUGAGCUCUCUAUGCAUAACAAGAUCAGAAAUAGGGGAUUGGCAUUUGUUUCUAUGGCUUCGCCUGAAGAGGCUCUUGCGGCUCUCAAUAAUCUCGAAUCAUAUGAAUUAGAGGGUCGUACUUUAAGGCUCAAUUAUGCUAAACCUAGGAAGAAGAAAGCUGCUCCGCCUGAGAAGCCCAAGCCAGUGCCAGCAUUCAACUUGUUUGUGGCAAAUCUUUCAUAUGAAGCAAGAGCUAAACAUCUUAAAGAGUUUUUCAGUUCUGAGGGUGCUAAUGUUGUUUCUGCUGAAGUUAUAUUUCAUGAGAAUCCUAGAAAGUCUUCUGGGUAUGGCUUUGUCUCAUUCAAAUCCAAGAAAGAGGCUGAUGCAGCCAUGUCUGCUUUCCAAGGGAAGAUGUUUAUGGGAAGACCAAUUCGGGUGCAACGUAGUAGACAAUUUGUUAAAGUUCAAUCAGAAGACAGUUCACAGUCUGAUGAUAAAUCAACUGAGCUGAACUAUAAGUUGGAACAAGCAACCGGUAACGAAAAUUGAAUUGAUAAUGCACAGAGCAAUGAGAUUUUAUUGGUUGUUAUUCUGUAAGUAAGGUUCUUAAAUUCUGUGAUGACAUUAGGAAUAUAGCUGUACACCAAUACAUGAAUGUUUCAGUCAUUUGAGCUCUGUGUUAUUUUUUAUGGUCCUUUGAGUAAAUUGAGUAUUCUGUGGCAAUAUAAACGCUAUUGUUCAAUCAAAACAAGUACUAGUUGGGUAAUUGGCUCUUUUAUAGGCUCAAUUCUGAUCCUGUCUAUUCUCAUUUUAUCAACUGCUGUU